AUGGCUUGGAAUACAACAACAUUAUCUCCUUACGUCAACACAACCUUAACGAAUGGAACUUACCCAACAAUCUCCACAACCGGUAUAUUAAGCGUUUUUCUGCUCCUUAUCACGUUUCUGUUUGGGCUGCUCAUGAACAGUCUUUACCUUUGGGUCCUUGGGUUCCGAAUGAGCAAAAGCGUCAACUCUACCUGGUUCUUCCAUUUUACUUUGGCCAAUUUGAUUUAUACUCUGGUCAUACCCUUCGUGGCAGUUUAUGUUCUCUGGUCUCCCCACUGGAUACUUGGACUUUUCUUCUGUAAGCUCAUCAAUACGUUGCUCUCAGUUGGUAUGUACGGCUCCAGCUUUCUUCUAACAGUGAUCAGCUGUGACCGCUACAUGUUGGUUUUCCACCCAGUUUGGUAUAGAAGACAUAUGAAGCCACGUUAUGCCACGGUCGCCUGUCUCUUUCUAUGGUGUUUUGCCUGUCUGUGCAGCUCCCCUUACCUUGUGCUCCGUCAGCUACGUCAAGAAAACGCCACCACUCUCUGUUACAAUGACUACUCUCUGCUCGGGAAAUCAUACGGCCAACAGCUCCAGGGCAGGAGAAGUAUAUUCGCCUUCCGUAUUCUUGUGGGCUACCUGCUUCCUCUAUUUACCAUCUCGUUUUGUUACAUCAAAAUAGCUCUCAAAAUGAAGAAGGAGAAACUGUCCAGGUCCAACAAGCCAUUUGCGAUAAUCCUGAUGGCGAUUUCCUCCUUUUUUGUUUGCUGGUUACCAUACCAUGCGUGGUACGCGAUGACCAUUGAAAAAUGGAAGUUCAGUACGAACACCCGUAGCGCUCUUUUAGUCUUAAGCAUUGGUUUCAUUUGCUUCAACUCCUGUUUCACCCCUGUACUUUACCUCUUCGUUGUGGAGAGCUUCAAGAAAGUCUUCAAAAAGUCUAUACUGUCCCUCAUUGAGUCUGCCCUUAACCAAGCCUUUGUGUCUUUGAAGAGCAUGGAAGAAAAGGUAGUGCCACAUACGUCAUCCAUGGUCAGGGAGGACAACCACUGAGCAAGCAUCUGGAAAGGAACUUUCAACCGAGGAGAUACAUGGGCCUAGUCUUCUUAUAAUUACAUCUCGUCGCAUAGUCUUUGGCAAGGCAAGGCAAGA